ACUGGUUUAUCCGUGGAGGCUAAAAGCUUCAUCUGGAAGUAAGCGAAAUUCGAAGACGGGUCAUCCGGAGCCCGCCAUUGAAACUGACGUUGUCUUCUUCUUCUUCUUCUUCUUCUUCUUCGUUCUCAUUGGAUUUCACCUGUGUUCGAGACCGUAGGCUACUUUACGGUGAAGUUCGUUACCUCAGGAUUCCCGAAAUAAGCUCGAUGUGACGGUUUCCGAUCCGAGUAGGUCUGCCGAGGAAGAAAGCAGUUCUCCAGAGACCAGUAGCAGCUGAAACCGAUUUCUGAGAGAUUUUGGCGAACUUGUGGGAAGGGGAGACGGGAGAGUACCGAGAUUGGAUUUUGACGAUUGAUGUCACUUAGUGAAAAAUGGAAAAGGAAUUGGGUUGAGAGGGAGUAAUCAUGGAGUGGAACAUUGCUGUUUUGUAGAUUUUUGUGUUUGAACACGCCACCAUGGCCUUGGUGAGUCCGGUUCCAGCAGUCACCCGACAGGUGUCCCGGGUUGUAAUCGGUGGAGUUCGAGCACCGGAAAUCAUGGCGAGCAGGGGAGAAAUUGUGGAAGAAUCGGUGGCCCUUGUAAAUGAAGAUAAAAUUUUCGUUGCACUAGGGAAUGAAAUUGCAAAGAACAAAUCCGUCCUUUAUUGGGCAAUUGAGAAUUCGGAAGGGAAGAGAUUAUGCAUUAUUCAUGUUCACCAGCGGGCUCAGAGGAUUCCAGUGAUGGGUUCCAAAUUUCCUGUAAGUUCACUCAAGGAACAGCUAGUCAGGGCAUACUGGGAAACUGAAAGGCAGAAUAUGCUUAGGAAUUUGGAUCACUACCUUGAUAUUUGUUCUCAAGCAAGGAUGCAGGCAGAGAGAGAUUAUAUUGAAGGGGAUAGUAUAGAAAGGGGGAUUUUGGAACUCAUCUCUAAGCAUGGGAUCAAGAAGCUUGUUAUGGGAGCAGCUGCAGAUAAAUACUAUUCAAGGAAAAUGAAGGACCUCAAGUCGAAGAAAGCAAUCUUUGUGCGCGAACAGGCUCCUGCUUCUUGUAAUAUAUUCUUUAUUUGCAAGAGGAACCUCAUCCAUCAAAGGGAAGGUACUCUAAAUGGAAGUGAUACAGAGUUGCCAUCUCCAGUGUUCCAGGCAGGUCCAACCAUUGAAGCUGGGGAAAAUAAUCACAAUGGAUUAGAAUCUACUUCUCUGAGUCUGUUAGAAGAGGAACUUCAUCAGUCAUCUCCUUCCAGUGUACUGAAUGACUCAAGCGUGGAUGCUGGGUUGUAUGAUCAAACAAUGACAGAAGCAGCAAACUCAUGUAGAGAAGCAUGCAAAGAGGCACUCAGUCGUUCAAAAGCCGAGAAAGAUGCUAUUGAGGUCAUUUGCAUGGUUAAAGCAUCAGAAGCCCAGUACUUAGAGGAGUUAAAACGGAGGAAAGAAACUGAGGAAGCAUUAAAAAAAGUGAAGGAGAAAUUUGAUAAGAUAAAGAAUGAGCGAGAUGAAGUGAUAGAAGCACUACGAGUUGCGUCAAAUCAGACAUCAUUGCUGAAGAACCAAAUAGCAGAACCUGAGCAGAUGGUUAAGGAGUUGGAAGAAAAGGUAAUCUCAGCUGUGCAACUGUUGCAAAAUUACAAAAAAGAAAGAGAUGAGCUGCAGAUAGAGCGAGACAAUGCACUCAAAGAAGCAGAAGAGCUGAGGAAAAGUCAAGCAGAGACCUCAAGUGUAGACGUGCAUCAGUUUGCCACCCUGUUCUCUUUCUCAGAUAUUGAGGCAGCAACCAACAAUUUUGAUCCCUCUCUGAAGAUUGGGGAAGGGGGAUAUGGGAGCAUUUAUAAGGGUCUCUUGCAUCACACUCAGGUGGCUGUAAAGAUGUUGAAUUCAGACAGUGUGCAAGGCCCAUCAGAAUUUCAACAGGAGGUUGAUAUUUUGAGCAAGAUGAGGCAUCACAAUAUUGUCACUCUACUCGGAACCUGUCCUGAAGCUUGGAUACUUAUUUAUGAAUAUCUUCCCAAUGGAAGCCUUGAAGACCGACUUAGAUGCAAGGAUAAUUCUCCUCCUUUGCCAUGGCAAACAAGAAUCCGCAUAGCUACCGAGUUAUGUUCUGUCCUUAUCUUUCUUCAUUCUUGCAAGCCUCAAGGAAUCGUGCAUGGGGAUUUAAAACCUGCAAACAUUCUUCUUGAUCCCAACUUUGUGACUAAGCUCAGUGAUUUUGGACUCUGUCGGCUUCUAAGUGACAAAUCAGUAGUCUGCAAAACAUCUCCUAAGGGAACUUUUGGAUACCUAGAUCCAGAGUUCUAUGCAACAGGAGAACUUACUCCAAAGUCAGAUGUUUACUCAUUUGGAAUUAUAUUAUUACAACUGUUAACUGGGCGUGUUGCCCGAGGUAUAGCCAAGGAAGUGCAGUAUGCAAUUGAUACAAAAAGGUUGAAAAACCUUUUGGACCCUUCAGCUGGAAACUGGCCAUUUGUAAAAGCUGAGCAAUUGGCUAACCUGGCACUGAGCUGCUGUCAGAUGGACCGAAAGAACCGACCAGACCUUGAGACAGAGGUUUGGACAGUACUUGAGCCAAUGAGGGCCUCGUGUGGAGGCUUUUCAUAUUCUGGUUUGGGUUCUGAACUGCAAGUUCAACCUCCUACCUAUUUCAUCUGUCCCAUUUUCCAGGAGAUCAUGCAAGAUCCUCAUCUAGCAGCAGAUGGUUACACUUAUGAAGCCAAGGCUAUAAAAGGAUGGCUGGACAGCGAUCACGACACAUCACCCAUGACAGAUCUUCAGCUUUCACACCGUGAAAUCAUCCCCAACCUUGCUCUUCGCUCUGCAAUCAGGGAAUGGCUGCAGCAACACUGAAAGGGAUCAGCUACCAUUUAGCUUCUCCAAACAACACGUUUUUCAUAGUAAUACAAAGAAAACAAGACAAAAAGUUGUCAAUUCCUCUUUCCCAUUUCUUCUUUCUUUAUAUUUUCAUGUAUUUCUUCAUGAUGUUACUGUCACAUAGUGUACAUAAAGUUCGAAUGUAUUAGUACAUGUUAGUAUGUUAAAGGAAAAAUUUUUCUCCAUAACUGGGGUACUUGUUCUUUCCGUGUGGGUCACGCACUGUAACAAUCAUUGAAAUUUGCAACUGACCAAUUUG